AAUUAGAAUUUAAAAGCGUUAGAUUUUAUUGGUCUAAAAUUAAAUCAAUUUGACCACCAAUUUGCUACAUGGACCUAGUGUUUCAGAAAGGAGGCAAACUUCUAUCACGCUCCUCUCAAUUUUUGACCCUUUAGGGCAAAUAGGUGAGGCCCAUAAAAUUGGGUCAUCUCACCAUCUCAUCAAGAGAAAAUAGAAAGAGAAUCGUGUUGACCGGGCGGUCUUGGAUCCGCUCUUGUCAACAUGAUGCCACGAAGUCUUCCUUUUCAGAAAAAAUCUACCUCCCCCUCUCCACUCGCCCUGUUCUCCAGUCCUCUUUAUCAACUCGUUUCCGUGAACCGAAAAGCCCAUGGCAUCCCCGACUCCCAUUUCCAACGCUGCGAAUCCCAUCCCAUCUCCUCUCCAUUAAAGUUUCUUGGUCUGAGUGCACUUCUCCAUCGCUCGGGAAGGUAGAAUCCUAUUCCCCUGUUCUUGUAGAAGUUCUGUGAAUGUUCGAUCGCAUUCUUCGUCGAAUUCUCUGCUUUUAUUUUAUGUUCAUGACCUCCAUCACCACCAAUCUCCCCCGCUUCUAACUUUGAUCGUUCAGGCUUUUUCAUUUGUUUCCCAACAGGAGCUUUUCUUCCUAUUUUAAUGGGUCCAGGAUGCGGGCACCAUCCUCAGUUUAAGCCACCACCCCCACUCCCACCCCCACCACCAUCCCCAACUCCCUCCCCAUACAGCAACUUCCCCAUCCUAGCUAUCUCGAUCCUUGGCAUCCUCUCCACAUCCAUCUUCCUCCUCAGUUACUAUGUCUUUGUGAUCAAGUGCUGCUUCAACUGGCGCCGCUCCGAUGUCAUCACCCGGCUCUCUGGCUCCGGGAGGCUCGGGGAGAACCCGCUCAUGGCCUACGCGAGAGCCACCCAGAGCCGCGGCCUCGAAGAAUCCGCCAUCCGGGCAAUACCGACAUUCCGAUACCGGAAAGGUGGUGGUGGUGGUGGUGAUGAUGGCGAUGAACAGGGGAAGAGGUCCUUCCAUGAGUGUGCUGUGUGCCUGAAUGAGUUCCAAGAUCAAGAGAGGAUUAGACUGCUUCCCAACUGCCUCCAUGUCUUCCAUAUAGACUGCAUCGAUACUUGGCUUCAAACCAAUGCCAAUUGUCCCCUCUGCAGGUCGGACAUCACAACCACAACUCCACUCCCUGCCGACAACUUGAUGGACUUGGCCUCCCACCAGAAUCUCCAGCACAGUGGGGAUAUCGUGAUAGAAAUUAGUAACGAUGGCAUGGACGAGGUUCAACCAGCCACCGGUAGCACCAAUACGGAUCCUCCCCCCAGGAAAGCAGAGCAGAGGGGUGGGCACAAGAAGGAGAGGAAACUCCACCAUGGGAGCAGCAUGGGGGACGAGUGCAUCGAUGCGAGGGGCAAAGACGAGCGGUUCUCCAUCCAGCCUAUGAGGAGGUCCUUCUCUAUGGACUCCUCCAGUGACAGGCAGCUCUACAUGGCGGUGCAGAACAUCUUGCAGCAGAACCCACACUUCCAAGAGGAGAGCAGCAGCAGCAAUUCAGGGAGGAUCCGGCGGACUUUCUUCUCGUUCGGUCAGUGCCGGAGCUCAAGGAGUUCUGUUCUUCCAGUUCAAAACGAGGUGUGACCAAAGAGAAUUCUCCUGCUGCUGCUGCUUCUUUUUCUAACAGGCUUUGGAAUAGAUUAUCAUAUGAACAUAGAGGGAGUGUAUACUGGAAUUGAAUCACUGGAUAGGCUAAAAUUUUUCUUCCUUGUUUAACUAAGCUCUUCUCCUUUCCCCUUUUUUUGUGGUGAAAAAUUAUCUUCUGCAUGCUAUAGGACCUUAACACUUCAAUCCAUUAUGGUUCUUUUCUUCUGACCAAGUGACCUACACGAGCCUGCGUCGUAAGCGUAAGCGUACGCCCCCAUACUGAGACAUUAGUCUUUCCCCGAGCUCUUGAUUUCAGGCAUAUAUUAAUCUUCUCUCUGUCGAAAGAAGAGCUCCAUCGACGGAUUUAGAACCAAGAACCUAAGUGAGAACACAGCAAAAAAGCAUAUUUUUUUAUAACCCUCUCUUAUAAGCAGGUGUCCUUUCUUUUUAUACGUCCAUCCUUUCUUACCUUGAAGCUUUUAGAAUUGCAUCACAG